GGCCACUUCCGGCAAGAGGGAGCCAUACUCUUUUGUAACCAUCCUCCCGUCUAUUUGUGCUCUGCUCACAAUUAAGCCAAACCCCAAGCAGCAGCAGACACGCGAAAGCAAGUUCACAGGGAGCGAAUAAGAAACCCAAGGGCGGCUGCCGCAUUGGAGCAGGAGACCAAUGGCGGGCCUCGGGUUCGAGGAGACCGAGCUGCGGCUCGGCCUGCCAGGCGGCGGCAACGAGGCUGAGGAGGCGGUGAGGAGCUCCGGCAAGAGGGGCUACGCCGAGACCAUCGACCUCAUGCUGAAGCUGGAGCCAGCGUCGGCGGCCGCGCCGCCGUCCGAGGAUGACGAGGAAGUGGCCGACGGUGCCGCGGAGGCGCAGCCGUCUCCGGCUGCUGCCGACGGGCAGUUGAAGCGGUCGCCGAGCCAGAGCAGCGUGGUCACCGCGCAGCCGGAAGAGGACCCCGAGAAGCCGCGCGCGCCCAAGGCGCAGGCGGUGGGGUGGCCGCCGGUGCGGUCGUUCCGGAGGAACAUGCUGGCGGCGGCGCUGGUGAAGGUGAGCAUGGACGGCGCGCCCUACCUGCGCAAGGUGGACAUGGGCACCUACAAGAGCUACCAGGAGCUGUCCAAGGCCCUGGAGAAGAUGUUCAGCUCCUUCACCAUCGGCAACGACUGCUCUCAGGCUCGGGGCAUCAAUGGCAUGAACGAGACCAAGCUGGCCGACCUGCUCACCGGCUCCGACUACGUGCCCACCUACGAGGACAAGGACGGCGACUGGAUGCUCGUCGGCGACGUCCCCUGGGAGAUGUUCGUCGCGUCGUGCAAGCGCCUCCGGAUAAUGAAAGGAUCAGAAGCCAUCGGGCUCGCGCCAAGGGCAAUGGAGAAAUGCAAGAGCAGGAGCUGAUCGAGGGUCCAUUUCAAGAUUAUGACUGUGUCUAUGCUUGCCCAACUCUGUACCAUAAUAUUACUAGUACUGCUACUUCGUAUCUUCUAUUCCAUCUUGUUGUCAUAUACGGUAGUACGUAUAAUAUGUAGUAUGUAUACGUGAGAAAGAUGUCACUGUUUACGUACAAUCAAUAGUAUUUUCCUUUAGCAAGCA